AUGUCGAUUGAAACUUCUCGUUGGUUUUUACUCGUUUUAUUUUUUCUCAUUCUUAAUGGUUCUAUUCAAGGAGAAACCUCAGCAGAUAUAAAUACGACAUUAAUAUCUGUUUCAGUAACUUCAUCUACAAUAGCUAGUUCAAAAACAAAUGAAUCAACUUUAUUAUUGUGUCCGGAAGGUCAUAUUAAUCCUCCCAAUUGUACACAAUGUCCAUCGGCAUACGAAAGUAAAGAUAAAAAAUGUCUUCAGAUAAAAAGUGAAUUAAAACCAUCGCGUAAUACAGGUCCUCGUAUUUUGUUAAUAUUUCUGGCUAGUCUAUUAUCGGUAUUUGCAAUUCUUGCUAUGUUUAUUGUUUAUAAUCGUGUAAAUCAGCAACGUCGUCGUCGUUUAACAUCAAAUCCAGGAAAUAAUUCAAAUUUAUCAACUAAUAAUACAACUAUUAGGAAUCGUUUUAAUAAUAUAUUACGAUCGAUUGGUUUGAAUAAUUCUAAUCAACGUCGACGAUUUAAUUUCUUUUCUAUUUCAAAUAAUAAUCAAUCAUCUGGACAAUAUCGACAACCAGAUACAUCACGUGCAGAUUUAAAUGAAAAUCUUGAUGAAGCUUUAUUAUUCGAUGAUCCAUAUGCUGAUGGUGGACUUCAAAAUUCAGCAGCUAAUCCAUAUAAAACAUUGACACUUGCAAUUACUUAA